AUGGAUGACAAAAAGCAGAAGCAGAAGCAGAAGCAGAAGCAGAAGCAGAAGCAGAAGCAGAAGCAGAAGCAGAAGCAGAAGCAGAAGCAGAAGCAGAAGCAGAAGCAGAAGCAGAAGCAGAAGCAGAAGCAGAAGCAGAAGCAGAAGCAGAAGCAGAAGCAGAAGCAGAAGCAGAAGCAGAAGCAGAAGCAGAAGCAGAAGCAGAAGCAGAAGCAGAAGCAGAAGCAGAAGCAGAAGCAGAAGCAGAAGCAGAAGCAGAAGCAGAAGCAGAAGCAGAAGCAGAAGCAGAAGCAGAAGCAGAAGCAGAAGCAGAAGCAGAAGCAGAAGCAGAAGCAGAAGCAGAAGCAGAAGCAGAAGCAGAAGCAGAAGCAGAAGCAGAAGCAGAAGCAGAAGCAGAAGCAGAAGCAGAAGCAGAAGCAGAAGCAGAAGCAGAAGCAGAAGCAGAAGCAGAAGCAGAAGCAGAAGCAGAAGCAGAAGCAGAAGCAGAAGCAGAAGCAGAAGCAGAAGCAGAAGCAGAAGCAGAAGCAGAAGCAGAAGCAGAAGCAGAAGCAGAAGCAGAAGCAGAAGCAGAAGCAGAAGCAGAAGCAGAAGCAGAAGCAGAAGCAAUGCUGA